AAUAGUAGUAAAGUGAUUUUUUUUACAUAAUCGUAUUGAUCUAUGUAAUAAAAAGUACUAUGUAAGUAGAUAUAUAAUACAAAAACUGUUUAAAAUCUACCAAUAUCGGUUGAAUAUAUGUAGGAAGAGCAAAAUUGCCAUUUCUACUGUCUAAUAAAAGUACAAACCAGUUGGUUUUUCGUACACAUUUUAGUUACUUUUUAGUUACGACGUUAUUAUCUGAUACAUAAGGAUUUGAUUUGUCAAUAAAACGAUACAAUGACAGACACAACAGUAAAAUCGAAUAUUUUAACAUUGACAUCGUUCUGGAUUUUGGGUCUGUGCAAUAAUUUUGGAUACGUGGUCAUGUUGAGCAGUGCGCAUGACAUUUUAAAAUCCAAAUCUUCAGUACCGGAAGGAAAUGAUACUGUAAUUUCUAACUCUACUGUAGUAGCGUAUGCAAGAGAGUGUAAUCAUUUAUCGACUGGUGUCAUACUGUUGGCCGAUAUUAUACCUGGGCUACUAAUCAAAACUUUUUCUCCAUUUUUCGCAUUACAUGUCAAUCGGAGACUGUCAUUAUGUAUAGGACUAACUGUGGCCAGUUUCAUCACUGUAGCGAGAGCGAAUACUGAAUUAAUUGCCGCCAUCGGCGUAGCGCUAACGGCUAUGGCUUCUGGUCUCGGAGAGUCAACACUCUUAUCUUACAUGGUCAAUUACGAGCGAGGUGUUAUUACAUCUUGGUCGUCUGGAACGGGUGCUGCUGGUAUAUUGGGAGCGCUGACUUAUGCAGGAUUAACUGGUUUCUUUAAUCUAUCUCCGUCUACUACAUUAUAUUUAAUGCUUUCAGUACCAGGUCUAAUGGGAGUCUCGUUCUGGGUAUUAUUAGAACACCCAAACAAAGAUGUUACUCAAAUAACUCAACAUUCAUCAGAAUCAAAUAAACAAAAUCAAACUGUUUCUAGUAAAAUAUCUUACAUGCCCCAAUUGAUGAAAUUUAUGAUUCCUCUAGGACUUGUAUACUUCUUUGAGUAUUUAAUUAAUCAGGGAUUAUUUGAGUUGGUUUAUUUUGAAAAUAUAUGGUUAACACAUGCAGAACAAUAUAGAUGGUAUCAAGUUUUAUAUCAGUUAGGUGUUUUCAUUUCCAGAACUUCAGUGAAUUUGUUUCCAAUUGAAAAAAUUUGGAUUUUAACAAUAUUACAGGGAUUUAACGUUAUAUUAUUUUUGAUUGAAGCACUUUACUCAUUCAUACCAAAUAUAUAUAUAAUAUUUGCAAUAAUUGUAUUCGAAGGCUUGUUAGGAGGAGGAGCAUAUGCCAACUCAUAUCACAAUAUUAUGAAAAAAGUACCAAAAGAUAAACAGGAGUUCUCGAUGGCAAUGACUUCAUUCGCAGAUUCCAUAGGUGUUUCAUUAGCUGGAGUGCUCGCGAUUCCAUUACAUAAUAGAAUUUGUCUUUUACCAAAAUGAGACUAUAUUAAUUAAUUUUAUCUAUAAAUAAUUCCUAUACAUAAUUAAGAAAAUUAGCUUAUAUUUUGUAUUAAAUUAUUUAAGUAUAAAAUGUAUUAUAUAUUAUUAGGGUUGCCAUAUUUUGAAAUCCCUAAACCGGGACAUUAUAUUGAAUGACC